AUCGAACAAGAGGCCACCGAACCAUGGAUUUGAAAGAGGUAUAGCUCAGAAGAAGAGGCCAGCUCAACUCAAUCGUAUUCAUAUAUAAACACCUUUGCACGAGAACAAAAUCCCCUCUAAAGAGGCAAGUCGUACUACUACUACUACUCAACAACUCUCCUCUUUCGUAUACUUUUCUCACCAAUAAACAACAAUAACGUUAACCCUUUUCGUCAAACCUCUCCUUUCUCUCACAUUUCAACCCAGAUUCGAUCUCUGGGUCAGAGAUCUGCUUCCUCAAUUCUCCGAUCUGGGUUUCUGAUACCAUGUUUUUGUUCGAUUGGUUCUACGGGGUCCUCGCUUCUCUUGGGCUAUGGCAAAAGGAGGCCAAGAUUCUUUUUUUGGGCCUUGACAAUGCUGGCAAGACCACCCUUCUUCAUAUGUUGAAGGACGAGAGAUUAGUGCAGCACCAGCCGACCCAGCAUCCCACCUCGGAGGAGUUGAGCAUUGGGAAGAUUAAGUUCAAGGCUUUUGAUUUGGGUGGUCACCAGAUCGCUCGUAGAGUCUGGAAAGAUUAUUAUGCCAAGGUUGAUGCUGUAGUUUACCUAGUUGAUGCCUAUGACAAAGAGCGUUUCGCAGAGUCGAAGAAGGAGCUCGAUGCACUCCUUUCAGACGAGUCCCUGGCCACUGUACCCUUUCUGAUUUUGGGCAACAAGAUUGACAUCCCAUAUGCAGCUUCAGAAGACGAGCUCCGAUACCAUCUGGGGCUGACCAAUUUCACAACUGGCAAGGGGAAGGUCAACCUUACCGAGUCCAAUGUUAGGCCUCUUGAAGUUUUCAUGUGCAGCAUUGUUCGCAAGAUGGGAUAUGGAGAUGGCUUCAAAUGGCUAUCUCAAUACAUCAAAUAGGGGAAAGAAAGAAAGAAGAUGAGUUAGGGGGAGAUAAGCAAAAACAUCAUCAUCAUCAUCAUUAUUGUUAUUAGCUCUCUGUAUUUGCGUGGGAAAAAAUUUUCUGCUGUUAGUUUGCAGUGCCUCACCACGAUUCAUAUCCCAACAGAGAUUUUUAAUUUUCAUUAUUAAUUUUCAAUUUUUUUGCCAUUUUAUUGGGUUGGAGGAGGUAACAAUAUUUGAUUCAUUGUUAUGUUUGGGACUGAAAGUUUGUGCUUAAACUCUUGUGACUUUUUGUUUAGCAUCACUAUUGUUCAUGGCAUACAUUGUAUGGAUCUCAAUAAAUAUUAUCGAGAAUAUUAUAUUCUUGCUUUGAUUUUA